AAUCAUGCAAUUUUACAUAUGACCAACCGGAAGUUGUUGCCAACCGGUUGCUUCUGAAGUGAUCAUACACACCUGCUUCCUGUUUUUUUUUCAGGACGUAGCAUGGCGUAAUUUCACGGUUGUAAAGAUCAAAUGUGGUUAAUCUACCCAGAUGAUUCAUCACAAACAGAGGCAGCGAGACAGAGACAUGCAGAGCCACCUAGGUAAAAUAAGAACCGGAGCCUGGCUGUAAUCUAAAGGUGAUUUAUGGGAAAAGAGGAAGACAUGGAGAGAAGACAGAAGCAAAUGAUCCUGGUGGGUUGAGGAAUGGCACUCGUUCAUCCUAAAGAGUUGAAGAGAGUGAGAGACUUCUGCUUGAGGCAGAACACAAACCGUUGGGAUUGGAAAAAGAAGUACAAGUUGUAAAUAUGUUAGCCAACCUGCUCGCCGUCCUUCAAAACUUCACGGAGAGUCAUUUCCAGUCGUCUGCCAUGUAUGAGGGGUCUGAGUCCGUGGAGACACAGGAAGUCAGAACUGAGAGCACCCUUGGGUCCUCUGUCUCCGCCUGCAAGAAGGUUUUGUGCAGUAACAGUGUGCUGGAUUCAUCUGAGUACUGGUUGAAGAACGAUAAGGCGCUCUGCAGAACUGGAUUUCUGGAGGACCAGCAUGAGGGAAGCUGCCCUACGAUCUGCUUCAUAAACCUGGACAGACACACCUCUGAUCACCAUGACGACAGCUUUGUUAAGAAACUGGCUUCAGUAUGCCCGGAGCUGCCCCGCUUAAUUGAGUCUCUGGGAGUGCGGCAACCCAAAGAAAAUGAGAUCCUGCUACUCAGCAGCCUCGAGUCACAAGACACCUGCCAGCAUGACCCAGGCAGGCCACAGAACCAGAGAACUGCUGAUGUCUGUCUGGUACAUUGUUCCUGCAGUCGUCGUCCUUCCCAGACAAACAGUAUCAUUUUUGAAAUCAACAAGUUUCUGAUCGGUCUUCAGUCAGGCCAGGAAAGGCAGCGGCACAGCCGAUUGGCUGGUCAGCGAGCUGCCGAGGAUGACACAAACCGCUCCGUUUCGUCCAUAGAAGAGGAUUUCCUAACUGCUUCAGAACAGCUUGGGGAAGACAGUGAAGAUGACCCACUCAGAAAUGAUGCUGAGAUUUCUGCCAUGCCAGAGUCGAUUAAGGUGUUAAGAGCAGCCCGCGCUCAAAGAAAGAUUGAAAUGGAAAGAGACGACAGCGAGGACUCAGAGACCCUCUGCACCUCCUCCAACUCCCAGAAGCUCUCGAAAACAUACUCAACCCCCUCCAGAGGCCCUUCCGCCACCUCGAAACAAGUCAGCCAUCACACCACAGAGUCAGCCGGUCACUAUGCCACCAAUCUGGCAGAAUCUGUCCUUCAAGAUGCUUUCAUUCGUUUAUCGCAAGAUGAACCUUCUUUUGCCCCGGAGGCGGCUGUGAGUGUCUCCAACGUCUCGCAACACUCAGGUGAUGUGAGCCACUUCACCGAUGAGCCGCAGAGGGCUCGAGCCUGCUCUUUUGAACUACCUAAAAUCGUGAUUGUCCAGAGUCCUGACAACAGUGAGGAGGUGACAGAAUGGCCUGUUGCACUGUCUCAUGGAGAUGAAGUGCAGAAGGCCACAACAACACACAGUACACACCCCAAGCAUAACUCGCCAAUUGGACACCCCAUUAAGCCAGUGGAAAUAGCAUUGGCAUGUGCAGCGAGCAUCAUCGGUACUAUUACCACCCCUCAGGUUACAGAACAGCUCACAUUGGACUCAGGAGAAGAUGAUUGCGAGGAUGAAGAAGAAGGGAAUGAAACAGAGCAAGGGGAGUAUUCAUUUUCCUCCGCAGUAUGUGGAAUGUCUCAGGUCGCUGGAGCAGUAGCUGCAGUAGAUCUUGCAGAAGACUCUGGAGAUACCGAAGACUCUACAGUGAUGUAUUCUGCCUCUAUGGGACUUCUGUCUGCUGCACAAGCCUCGACUGCAAUACCUCUUCACUGUAGCAUUGCAGAGGGCACCAGCGUUGAGGCAUUUAGGGCCAAUGUGGCUGAAGUUCUCCUCAGGGAAGCAUCGGCUGUACUCACCCACAGACAAAGUUACUCUAGUGUUGCAAAUUUCCUUGAGACCACACAUAGCAAGAUAGUAAAUGGAAUCACAAAUCCAAGAAGGCCCUAUGAGGAACAACAGGAGGUGGAUAAUUUCACCCAGGAAAUGUCAGACACAAUCUUUCAAUAUGCCCUUGAGAAGGCUGAAAAGAAAAAAGAGCUGGAGGGUCCUGGAAAAGAUGCUCCAAACAUUUAUACUUUCCUUUUGGAUUGUUUGAACGAUGUGCUCUUCGAUGUCCUUCGUGUUACAUCAAGAAAAAUCUGUGACAUUUCAAAAUGUAAUUCGGAGUCAUGUGACAUGCAAGAAGGCAAUGGCAGCUUUAGGGAGUGUGAGGCUGAUAUCAAGUCUGGCAGAGAAGCAUUAAGCCAAUUACAGCAUUUGAUUGAGCCAAGCCAGGCUUAUAAUCACGGUGAGAGGCGUAACAGUGUGGAAAAGCUGUCUCUCCUUAUAGGAAGGAGAGAGAGAGAGCAGAAAAACAUUCUGGAGGAGAGAGAAAACGAGGCGAAACUAAAAGAACCCUACAGACUUACUCUGAACAGAGUGACUGCCACUAUAGUCAAAGAACAAUCUGAGCUGCAAGGCCAGCUGGGCAGGAGUGAGAAAAGUUCAGACUCAACACUUCCUUCUGGUGAAAGCUCACCGCUUCAUGUACCACGCGGGAAAGCGGGAGGAGAGAACGACAACAGGCAGUAUUCUUUGUUGUCUUCCUUAGGAACACUUAAAAUGGAUUCGGCAGAGUCCAAAACUCCUGUGACAUGCUUCGCUGAAGACUUGGCAACUACAGUGGUCUCCAUGGCGACAGAGCUGGCAGCAAUAUGCCUGGAGAACUCGAGUGGAAAGCAGCCUUGGUUCUGCGCAUUACAGGGUGGUUCAGAAGGUCCUGAGGGGCUGCUUCUUCCCUGCUGCACAGCUGUUGCCCUCCGCCGUAAAGAGGCACAGAAUGGUACAGCCGUCACUAAGAAGCACAGACCUCCACGCCUCAGUGAAAUCAAACGUAAAACCGAAGAGCAGCCUGAACUCAUGGAGCGCCUGGUCAACCGUGUCGUUGAUGAGACCGUCAACUUAGAUGAACCCACGAUCUCUGACCCAUUCGCACUUUUUGCGUCCGAGGUCACGGCCAGGAUAAUGAACUGCCCAGAGUUAAGCGUGGUGGACACUUCAAAGUCUGGCCAAUUGGCUCGAAGCCGUUUACAGUGUGAGAGAUGGAGCAGUAGAGGGAAAGCAUCAAGCUACGAGAGCAUUCCAGAAGAAGACAUGGAUCCUUCCGGAAUCGCAAACACUUUGGGACCGGGGAACAGGCUUGGGCAUAAUUUGAGCAGAGGAAGCUCUAUCUCCAAACAGUCCAGCUGUGAGAGCAUUACUGAUGAGUUCUCUCGCUUCAUGGUCAACCAGAUGGAAACAGAGGGCCGUGGAUUUGACCUUCUUCUGGAUUACUAUGCUGGAAAAAAUGCCAGCAGCAUCCUUGCAGCAGCUGUUCAGCAGGCUGCCAGUAAAAAAAAUGGACAUCUCAAUGUGCGGGCAUCAUCUUGUCUCUCUAAGCAAUCCAGUACAGAGAGCAUUACAGAGGAAUUUUACCGCUUCAUGCUGAAAGACAUGGACAAGGAGAACAAGGAUUACAACAUGACCAAGACCAAAGAGUGGAGUAACAGUCUGUUACCCCCAUCCCCCAGAACCCCAUUUUGCUUUCGUCAGUCGUCUGUUCCCGACAGAAGAUCAUCAGAUUCCAGACUAACUGUAAACUCUCCCAUCAAGGCGAAUUCAUUCGAUGGUUUUGCUCGAAAUGUACGCGGGGACUCGCUCAACAUCUAUCCGAGCAACUCAGUCUCAUCGACCGGACUCUGCAAAUCAGAUUCCUGUUUGUAUCAGCGUGGUCAAACGGACCAAAUAACUGACAUGCUGAUUCAUGAGACCUGGGCGAGCUCUAUUGAGUCUCUAAUGCUCAAAAAUAAGAUCAUCACGGAGCCUUCGGAAGAUAGCGUGGAACUGGAUUCUGCAGAUUCACAGCAGCAUGUGCAGCUCUUCGCUAAUCGGCUUGCAGCAGAUAUCGUAGAGAGCGGCAAAUCUUUGCUCGUGGGCCAGCAGGAAGUGAGUGCGGCUGCUUGUCUGUCCAAAGUUCCUGUUGGAGAGAGGCGGCAUGGCUAUAAACAGUCUCGCCGAGAAAGCGGUGGAAACCGGCCAAGUGUAAAGCGCCAUGAAAAUUACGUUAACUCCCAUAGUUCCUCCUGUAUGAGGCGAGCAUGGCGAGGUCAGAGGGAGGUACCGGUGAUCCACAUUGAACCAGAUCAAAGAGAAGAGGUCUCUGAAGAUACAGGGAGGGACAGGGCCCACCGCCGAGAAGCUCCCCGUCAGGUCCAGCCACAAAGCAGCAAAGAGAGUGGGACAGUGGCUAGAAACAGCAGUGCCAAAGACAGGCGUUCAUCAGAGGCCACAGUGCCCUCUGCAGAUGUGGAGGUGGAACGACGCUCUUUCAGCGCUAGCAGUGAGGAAAGUGGCUCAGGCAGCUGGGCCCAGAUUGCCCCUGACGACGACCCUCAGGAGGAGCCCAUCAGUAGCUUUAUCCAGUUAACCGAGGGAAAUGGGAACAGCAGUGCGUCCAGCAUGGGAUUGGCAGACCUGGAGGGCUUUCCAGACUACUCCAUCUCCAGCACCUUAGUCAGUGAGGAGAGAGAGAGGAAAGCACCACACUAUCAGGAUCCAGCAGACGAGGUAACAUCAGGUUUGUCCACCGCAGGCAGCAGCUGUCAAAGAGAGCUCCUGGUGGUAAACUAUGAUUUGGAGUCCGGGUGUGUGGAUGUAGAACUGAGGGCAGCACUUCAGUGGAUCGCUGCAUCUGAACUUGGAGUACCAGCGCUGUAUUUUAACAAGAGUCAGGAGCACAAUCUCAUGAAGUUUCACAGAGUGGUCCAGUUGGCCAAUCAGAAGGCUUGGCGUGUAGGAGACUUGUUCAGUGCCGUGGCUCAGUUCUGCCAACUCGACCAGGAGCACAGAGAGCGGACUGUGCACAGCCUGUUUGACUGGAUAUUGAAAACCAAGCGCUAGAAAGCCCACACAUCCACUGCAUGGACCAAAAGCUGGAGAGGCCACAUAUCCAUCUUGUGCUUGCACAAGUAUAUAGUCUGGAACGCCAACAAACAUCUCUUAAAAUCACCUCCUCACACAGAGACUACUCCUAUAAUGCAACAGCUUCAACAACCAAUCCCUUUCAAUUCCUACGAUAUCCACUGCUUGGCUUCACAAAUUCUGCUGUUGCUGUACAUCAACACAUUUUUCCAGAGCCAUAUAAGCCGCUGUGAGUUUCCACACAUCACAGGUUAGCAGGUUGGUUUUACAGAUAUCCAUUGCUCUUAAUCCCAGGGUACUUAGCAUGAUACUCCAUAUGGAAUCUGUACUUCACACUCAGCAGUAACAUGUGAACUUGCUAUCUGUAAGCACCAGCACAUCCCACAUUCUUCCCUUUGAUAUGCUCAUUAGGAUUCACCGCUUACACCCACUACAAACCUUUAUUCUGAUACCUGCACCUUCUGUCACAAGUGUACGUCUUUUAUAGACCACAGACAUUUUGAGAUGUACUGUAGAAAGAAAUGCCUUGUCCAUAACUAUCACCACAUAAAAUGUGCUCGAAAUGCCCUUUGGCACAUUGCAUACAUCAACAGAUUUCCCUUUAAAUUGCGCAUGUUCCUAUCUUUACAUGCACGGAAACUUAGAUCCACCAGUUACCAGCUUGUUAGAGGAACAUGGUUAAAACCAACCAAUCAGCCUUGACGUUUUGUAGCCUGCAGAUUUUUACCCUACGACAAACCCGUCAAUGCACAAAACUUUAUAAAGACAAAAUAUGGAAGCUAUGCUGUAGGGAUUUAAAGCUAUUUAAAUGUUUGUAGAGAUAUAUAUAUAUAUAUAUAUAAAGAUCCCAUUCCAAGCACAGAAGAUGUUAACUUUAAGUUUACAUUGGCAUACACGGUUUUAUUGUAUCUCUCAGACUGAAUUGUGUGUUUAGUUUUCUGUGACUGCUGUUAUUUAAAACAUGUUAUUUUGCCUAGAUGUAAAUAGUUUAGACUGUGUGUUAUGUACACGGACAGCAAAUGGAAAUUUCAGGUUAUGUUUUUGAUUGCCCAGACAGGACCACAGGCUCACCAGACUACUGUCAAAGUAUAGAGUGUUUAGAAUAUGUGCGGUACAAUACAGUUGUGUCACGUAAAAGUUGACUUGUAAACGUGAAAUCUGGUGCGUAACGGUUUUCUCCGCAUAGUGACAUAAUAGUAAUGUUAGUGUUUUAAUAUCAGAGUUGAAAGCGCACAAAACUAUCUGGUCUGUCACAGUAUACCUGAAUGUAUUUAUCUUUUGGAAAUAAAAGUUGCGUAUGGUGA